CCUCACCCGCCCGGCAGCCUCGUGACAGGCCCUCGGGGGGGCAGGCCCAGGGGAGGAGCCUCCCCGUAGCCCCGCACGGCCGUGGGCGAAGGAAACAAGACCCCGCGGCCGCCCCGCGCUUACCGCUCCAGGCGCCGCCCUCCCCGCAGCACCCCCCGCCGGCGGGCCUGAGGGAGCGGGAGGCAUGCUGGGGGCUGUAGUUCUCUCCGGGACUACAACUCCCGGCAGCCCCUGCAGCGAGCGCCGCCGGAGCCGCUCGCGGGGAGGGGGAACUACAACUCCCGGCAGCCCCUCCGCCUCACACGGCGCCCGCCCCCUGCCCCUCCUCCCUCCCACCGGUACCGGGCGGUUCGAGGUGUCGGCGCUGCCGGGCGAGAUCGAACUGCUUCGUCGGUAUCGGGCCCGCGCUCCGGGCAGCCCCUGGACCCACCUGCCCGACCCCGGCCGCCUGCGCUGGGACAUGGACCCCGACCCCUGCGCCUCCCCCUUCCCCCCUGAGGAUUUUUCUCCCAGCUCCAAGAGACACAGAACUGUGGAAGAUUUCAACAAGUUUUGCACCUUUGUCUUGGCAUAUGCUGGCUACAUUCCCUACCCACAAGAGGAGACCCCCUUGAGGAGCAGCCCCAGCCCCCCCAAUAGUACUGGAGGUACCAUCGACAGUGAUAGCUGGGACCCCCGAUUCAGUGACCUCCCUUCUGCUGUCUCCCUGCCAGUCAAGAGCAGAAAGAGUUUUAGUCAGCUCAAGCGAGCAAAACCAUAUGUUUCCCUAUUCCAGCGGGCAAAACCGAGCAGCUUUCUGCCAGAGCGAAAGCAAACCGAUAAGAUCAGAAAAAAGAAAAAACUGAAGAGAAGAGAAACGGAAGCGCCUGUGGAGGAAGAAUAUGGGGGGAAGCUGCUGAAGCUGGAGGCAGAGGAUUCUUGUGUUGAGACCCCCAUGAGUCCUUCAUCUGAGGGCGAUCCUCAGUCUGUGACUGACCAUUGCUCAGUAUGGGACUCUGACACUCCUUCCAAUGUCUCGUACCCUCCUGAGACUUCUGAGCAGGGCAUGGAGAUACAGAGCGUGGGCAAACGCACGGUCAUACGGCAGGGCAAGCAGGUUGUGUUUCGGGAUGAGGAUGGCAUUGGUGAUGAUGAGGACAUUAUGGUGGAUUCAGAUGAUGAUUCCUGGGAUCUCGUCACCUGUUUCUGCAUGAAACCUUUUGCUGGACGGCCAAUGAUUGAAUGUAAUGAGUGUCACACAUGGAUUCACCUCUCCUGUGCCAAAAUCCGCAAAUCAAAUGUCCCGGAGGUCUACAUCUGCCAGAAGUGUCGGGACUCCAAGUUUGAUAUUCGCCGCUCAAACCGCUCCCGGACGGGUUCACGCAGGCACUUUCUGGACUAGUGGAGGGAACUACCAUGCCGGCAUUCUGCUUGGGCAGAUUAGCCAUGCAAAACACAGAACUCCAGCCAGGGGGGCAAGGAGAGCUCCUCUGAACUGCAGUUGCUCAGGCAAAAGUGUCUGUCUGUGUAAACAGACAUAAGGUAUUCAAUGUCUUUGACUGCCAGAGCUGGAAGAGGCCUGCUGGCCAAAACUUCUGCUAGAGGCUGAUUAGCUAAAGCAGGGACACGCUAAGCACCCCAGGUUCCGUGUGGUUUUGUCCAGUUUAGACUAUAAAUGGGAUGAUGAUUUGGGAGUGUAUACCUUUGCCACCUAUCAAUUUUCAUCCCACUGGGAAAGUGCUAAGAAAGUGCAAGACUUCUAGGUAGGUGCUGAAGAAAAUAAUUAUCCUCCAAAGCAGGAGCAGGAGGAGAGAAAUCUCUGAAGAGUCUGAAAAUAAACAGCCAUAUGUUUUAUUGUAAUACUA